CGCGCGGGGAAGGACCGGAACUCCGGGCGGGCGGCUUGUUGAUAAUAUGGCGGCAGGAGCUGCCUGGGCUUCUCGAGGAGGCGGUGGGGCCCACACCCGGAAGAAGGGUCUCUUUUCAGGCUAGUGCGGCGGCCGCUGCGGACCCGGAAGUCCGGGCCGGUUGCUGAAUGAGGGGAGCCGGGCCCUCCCCGCGACAGUCCCCCCGCGCCCUCCGCCCCGACCCGGGCCCCGCCAUGUCCUUCUUCCGGCGGAAAGUGAAAGGCAAAGAACAAGAGAAGACCUCAGAUGUCAAGUCAAUUAAAGCUUCAAUAUCUGUACAUUCCCCACAAAAAAGCACUAAAAAUCAUGCCUUGCUGGAGGCGGCAGGACCAAGUCAUGUUGCAAUCAAUGCCAUUUCUGCCAACAUGGACUCCUUUUCAAGUAGCAGGACAGCGACACUUAAGAAGCAGCCAAGCCACAUGGAGGCUGCUCAUUUUGGUGACCUGGGCAGAUCUUGUCUGGACUACCAGACUCAAGAGACCAAAUCAAGUCUUUCAAAGACCCUUGAACAAGUCUUGCACGACACUGUUGUCCUCCCUUAUUUCAUUCAAUUCAUGGAACUUCGGAGAAUGGAGCAUUUGGUUAAAUUUUGGUUAGAAGCUGAAAGUUUUCACUCUACAACUUGGUCCCGAAUAAGAGCACACAGUCUGAACACUGUGAAGCAGAGCUCAUUGGCUGAGCCUGUCUCUCCAUCUAAAAAGCAUGAAACUGCAACAUCUUUUGUAACUGAGUCUCUUGACAAGAGAUUGGAGGAUUCUAGCCCAGCCCAAUUGCUUAUGACCCGAUCCGAAGGAAUUAACCUGAACAGUAGAACUAGCAACAUUCAGAAUCACUUGCUGCUUUCCCGGGAAUGUGACCAUGCCCAUUCUCUCCAUCUUGAAAUGGCCAGAACAGGAACGCAUCAAAUUUCCAUGGAAACCCAAGAAUCCUCCUCCAGACUUCUAGUAGCCAGUAGAAAUAGUCCCUCUUCACCACUAAAGGAAUUAUCAGGAAAAUUAAUGAAAAGUAUAGAACAAGAUGCAGUGAAUACUUUUACCAAAUAUAUAUCUCCAGAUGCUGCUAAACCGAUACCAAUUACAGAAGCAAUGAGAAAUGACAUCAUAGCAAAGAUUUGUGGAGAAGAUGGACAGGUGGAUCCCAACUGUUUUGUUUUGGCACAGUCCAUAGUCUUUAGUGCCAUGGAGCAAGAGCACUUUAGUGAGUUUCUGCGAAGUCACCAUUUCUGUAAAUACCAGAUUGAAGUGCUGACCAGUGGAACUGUUUACCUGGCUGACAUUCUCUUCUGUGAGUCAGCCCUCUUUUAUUUCUCUGAGUACAUGGAAAAAGAGGAUGCAGUGAAUAUCUUACAGUUCUGGUUGGCAGCAGAUAACUUCCAGUCUCAACUUGCUGCCAAAAAGGGCCAGUAUGAUGGACAGGAGGCACAGAACGAUGCCAUGAUUUUGUAUGACAAGUACUUCUCCCUCCAAGCCACACAUCCUCUUGGAUUUGAUGAUGUUGUGCGAUUAGAAAUUGAAUCCAAUAUCUGCAGGGAAGGUGGGCCACUCCCUAACUGUUUCACAACUCCAUUACGUCAGGCCUGGACGACCAUGGAGAAGGUCUUUUUGCCUGGCUUCUUGUCCAGCAAUCUUUAUUAUAAGUAUUUGAAUGAUCUCAUCCAUUCGGUUCGAGGAGAUGAGUUUCUGGGAGGAACUGUUUCACUGACUGCUCAUGGCUCUGUCGGCCCUCCUGAUGACUCUCACCCAGGUGGUUCCGACAGCUCGGCUGCUCAGUCCAGUAUGAAAAAAGCCAGUGUUAAAAUUCUGAAAAAUUUUGAUGAAGCGAUAAUUGUGGAUGCUGCGAGUCUGGAUCCAGAAUCUUUGUAUCAGCGGACAUACGCAGGGAAGAUGACAUUUGGAAGAGUAAGUGACUUGGGGCAAUUCAUCCGAGAAUCUGAGCCUGAACCUGACGUAAAGAAAUCAAAAGGAUUCAUGUUCUCACAAGCUAUGAAGAAAUGGGUGCAAGGAAAUACUGACGAGGCCCAAGAAGAGCUAGCUUGGAAGAUUGCUAAAAUGAUAGUCAGUGAUGUUAUGCAACAGGCACAAUAUGAUCAACCUUUAGAGAAGUCUACAAAGCUAUGACUCAAGACCUGAGAUAAAGGAAAUCUGCUUUUGAAAAAUAAGAGAACUUUUUUCCUUUGGUUGGAUUCUUCAACACAGCCAAUGAAAACAAAGCACUGUAUUUCUUUUCACUGAUAUAUCACUGUUGUUCCCAAGAAAGAAUGGCAGACAAUCCUAGACUUCCAUCAUAAGCAGAGUGACAUGUAGACAUAUUUGCUGCACAUGAUGUUCACACAGUGAAAGUCAUAAAGAGACAAAGUGGUAUUGUUUACAUUACUAGAAAAUUAAUAGCUUUCCAAUGGCAAUAACCCAUUUUGAAAGAGUUUUAGUCCACUGGAAUAGACAGGGACCACAUACUGUGGGAGGUAGGUGAGCGUAGAGCUGAUAUUUGAUGCACAUUCUGUAGCAGUGGCCCAGCCCUACAAGUAUCCUAAAGCAGGUACCAGAAGUGCUUUGCUUUGGCCUCCUAAACACACAGGUGAGUCAGCCCCUCCGAGAGCCAGGCAGCUCAGAGCGGCGGUACGGUGCUAGUGGGUUGUUCUCCUUCAGCAGAACGGGGCGAGGGCUCCCUGGCAGUCUUCCUUCACAGAGGCAUUAAUGUGGAAGGAAGCUAGCCGACAGGUCAAGUCUCUGUGACAUUGUCCUUCCCUUUGGUGACAGUAUGCAAUUUUCACAUUUUAAUUGCUCCUGAGAUGCAAUAUACUGAAAACCAGUCUCCCCUGCUUAACAAAAAGAUGAGUCUCCUUUAUAUUGAGCGUGAAGACUUGCCCUUCUGGAAUACUCUGCUCCAAGUUACUUAACUUUUCCUUCAGAGUACAUGUGGAAAAGAAGGAAGAGUAACAAUCACUCCAGUUUCCCCCUGUGAUAUCUUGGACAAAUGUUUAUACCUAGAUUGUAUGGUUUUUGUUUUGUUUUUUCUUUUUUUUCUUUUUUUUUUUUUUUUUUUUAAGAUUGGCAAGCAAGCGUUGGGGUGGGAGGAGGCAGGAAAAACACUCAACCUUGACCGCCUCUCCUUUCUUUGCUAUGAGCUGGGAAGUGUGCAGCUGGUGGCCUUUUUGCAUUCUGUCUUCAGGAGAGUAGGAGACUCCCUCACUGCACUCCCACUCGGUCAGCUAGUGGGCGCGGGCCUCGCUGCCAUGAGCAGGGCCACCCCGCCGGCAAGCACAGUCCACCGGCCAGGCGAGGCCGAUGCUUCUUCACUGCACGUGACUGAGGGGGAAGAACGUUCUCUUAGGUGUUACUGCUUUUGCUCAGACUUUGCAAAAAAAAAAAAAAAGAGAAGAUCUAUAUAUAUAUAUAUAUAUAUAAAUAUAUAAUUAUUAAUCACCUCUGUCCUUGAGAAAGUCUUGAAUGAAUAGAGAAUUUAUUUCAUUGCAAUAUGUGAUUGUAUAGAGGCUCACUGUUUCAUCAACAGAAGAAGCAAAAAGGCUGUGUAUAAGUUUUUGGUACUAUGUACCACCUCUGUUAUUCUUCUAAAGCGAAGUAUUCAUGUACUUAAACCAUAUUCUAUUUAAUUGUGUUUGAUUUUAAAAAUAUAUAUAUAUGAGAAUUAUAUUUAAAAUUGUGUCAACUUUCUGCUUUCAGGGCACUUACAGUCCUCUACUGAAAUGUGUUGAUUCUUCCAUAUAUGUCCAUUUGCUUUACAAAAACCCAGACAUGAGCCACUCCUGGACUUAGCCUUGUGUUUGGAGUGUACGGCAUAGACCUGAGGUUUUAUGAGGUGUAUUUGCUGUGAUUGAUGCAUUUUGUUCUUUUAACAAAAUAUUUCCAUCCUUUCACUUUGCUUCAACCUUUAAGUAACAGAAAAGCAAUAUAAAGGUCAUAGAAUAAAAUGUGGUUUUGGGUGACUCUUGCUGCCUGAGCAUGUUUUGCAAUAACAAUUUCUGUAAGACUCUAGGCUGUUUAAACUCGUGCUUUCAGUUAAUACGUAGUAAUUUCUUUGUAUACGUUUUGUGCUUCUGAGCUAGAUAUGUCCGUAGUCGUAAGGUUCUUAUAAAGAGAAGAAUAGCAAGUUGGAGACUUGGUUACUUUCUUCUGCCCCACCUGCUGUGGGACACAGAAGCAGAUUGUGGCCUGCAGUUAUUAGCCGAAUUUAAUAUUUGAUCAGAAGUAUGAUCCUUCUACUUACAUUAAAAUUGGAAUUGGAUUCAGCCUGACUUUGAGCACCACUGAGUUCCAGGCUCUAUGCAGUGCGCCCACAAAAUAUGAGGCCUCGGCAGGAUUUUCAUAGGCUCGAGGAAUCCGUUGAGCAUCCGUUUUUACCAUGUUGCUGAUCUCAACGCAAACUGUUGGAAAAGAUGUUAGUGCAAAAGGGGUACCGUUUGUAACUUGCCAUGUCUUCACUCCUGUAAGAUUUGAGGAAAGUAAAAAGCAAAUGUCAGCCAAGUCCAGCGAAGAGCAAUAAAACAGGGAGCAACUUUUUGUAACUUUUUCAACUUGGGUUUUUCAGUAUUUGGUAGAGCUUUAUGUAAGGUAAGUAAUGCACAUUUCUGGAGCUGUGAUAAGUUCGGUAGGAAUUUGGAGGGAAAGUCACUCUGAAUUGUAGACAAUUACAGAUGACUUUGUUUUAAGUACUCGUAACUAAGCACCUGCUGAAGCAGCUGACCUCUCUCUCUCUGCUGAUACUGUUUGGGGGUACCCGCCUGACUCACACUGACCCUGCCCUCAUUCCUACAAAAUCAGUCUGAAGUGACUUUUUAUGACAUGCAACCAAAAGGACCUUGACGAAAGUACUACCAGACUGUUGUAAUUAACUCAUGAUCAUGCAUCCUUAGCAUGUUUGCAAAAUACCCCUACAUUCGGGAGAAUUUUUCUUUAGCAAACCUUUGGUCAUCUUGUAAAUUCUCUCAAAAUGGAAUCCUCAACUAAUGGAGCUAAAAGACACUCCCUCAUUUUUAUAGUGAGGAGUUACUCAGGCCCAGGAAAAGGGUAGGUCUUUAGCCUGCUGUGGGGAUAGUCAUCGUUAGAACUCAGGCCUUCUGGACCAGGGCCUUUUCAUGCUUCCCAACAUCCUUCCAAAGGAUAAACACCAUCCCCGCUUUUAGCAACUAUAAUAAACCCAGAAAUAGAGGGCAUUUCUAUCAAUGAGUAACUGAUAAUCUUCAAAUGAUGGAGGGCAGUGAUUACUACAAAAUAGGUACCUGCUGACCACUUCUGUGGACUAGGCAAGACUUCUGUCCUUUGGCUGGAACCGUAAGUGGGAAUAAAUCUCAGCGAAACCCUCAAGGUUCCGAACUUAGGAGACCCACACUAAUAAUUACCUCAUGAGGCCCCUCAUAGAUAAGCAUUGUGGGCACUUAAUAGGCCUCUCUGCUUAGGCAGGGUUGGGAAUGGCUGGGAGUAAGAAGUAUGGUAUCCUGUGGGUUUGGGACAGGUGGAAAUGGCCAUGGUGUAGCGAGUGUUGGAGGAAUCCAUAUGAGCAAAAGCCAGACCUUCAUGCUUAGGGAGGAGGAAGUUCAUCUGCUUGCCUGUCACACAGGGUAGUGAGUAUUUCUGCCUUAGUAACUUAAUGCGACCAAAUUAUUUCCUCCGUAUGUUCCCCUCAAACCGCCUGCUCUGGGACAAUGAGGGUGUCCGAAUUCACCUGGAAUAAUUAAGCCCCUUGCCCAAGGGUGGUAGUGCCCCCACCCCCCCACCCCCUCACCCCCAGGCACCGCCGAGACGCCUACACCACUGCUCCUUGGUUGUAACCUGUGUUCAUGAGCACAGGCCGGGGCAGCUGGGCCCUCUGGGCCUGUGGUGGGCGCGCAAGGUGCCUAGAAAAAGUGGGCUUAAGUUCAGCUCAGAGAAAGCUGGGAAUUGCCAAGGAGCAGAUAGGAUUGUGGUGACCGGCAUCUCCCCUGACUUCAGGUAUCUUGAGUCCCCCAUCUUGAAUGUGUCUUCAGGCUCACCCCCUAGAUGAUCCCCGGCUGGCCUCUGCCUAGUCACAGUAAGAGUCCUGCCCACCAUGCAACUCGUGGAAAGGCCCUAGCCAAACAGCACCAUGGGCCUCCACACUGCGUAGCUCUGGUGCUCCCCAGAACCCAGUGCACUCCACCCACACCUUCGGUUCCCUCCUCUUAACAGAGAGCAACCUUUUGUUCCUUCUAAUGACAGAGCCACCGGUUUAGCAAAUGUUUGCCCAUUCCAAAGUAUUUUAAUGUCUACCAAGUGCCGGGCUCUGUUUACAGUGCAGGGACACGGGAAAUAAGACAAACUUCUGGGCCACCUGGAGCUUCCAUUCUACUGAGGAGGAGAUAGAAGCUGGAGCUCCAUCUAUGAUUGCUGGUAUUUUUGGACUCAAGAUAGCCUUUUGAGCCUAUGAUUUAACACCCCUUCCUUAUAGAGCCCUGCAGGGGGUCACUAGGCUUUCCUGACCCGUAAAAGAGACCCACAGGGUAGAAGAGGCCUAAGGAGGGGUCGCUCUUCCGAGAGCACCCACCCCUCGAGGACUGGCUGCCCCGCCAUUCCAUUUACUCCCUGCAAAACGAGAACACUCAGGUGUUGAGCACCUGGCUGACGACAAGGGGCGGCACCUGAUGUCUGAGGCCAUCAAGCAAGUCUCUCGGAGUGGGGUAGGCUAAGAGGAGGCCAAAGGCUCAGUCUCAGCCCCCUGGGGGCUCUCUGCAGAACUUGGGGAAAUGUGAAUUCUCAGAAACGAGAAGGCUAGUAGUGUAAAAUUACUACCUGCACGUGAGACAAAAUCCCAGCCUUGGAAGAAGCUAGCUAGCGACUGAGCUGAUUCCAUGAGGUGAUCAGCUCUUUCUGAGUUCUGCUUUCAUGAUAAUGACAACAAGCAGCAGAACUGAGUACUUAACACGGUGCCAGGCACUGGAAAGGUAAGUACCUACUCUUCCCCUCGUAUGAGGCAGGCUGAGGCUCCAGAGGCCAAGGAAGCCAAUCCAGGCAGUGAACCUACUCUUUCCCACCACCCUGCUCUGUCGUAAGUCGCCUUCGGCUCUUCUCUCAUUGUGCUGCUUGUUGGUACUCAUUAAAGACUAGUGGAGCAGAUGCUGAAGGUUUCCAGAAAAGGGGACCGUGGCUUUAAAACAUUCCAUCCAUUGCUUUAAAGCAGCAGUUCUUAAACUUUCACAUGCAUCAGGAUCCCCUGGAGAAACUUGUUAAACCAUGGAUUUCUGGGCCUAACCCCGGUUCCGAUUUGAUCGGUCUGGGGUAAGGGCUGAGAAUUAGCAUUUUUAACACAUUUCCUGGUGAUGCUACUGCUGCUUUUGAGACCAGACCAGAGAAUCAGAGACCAGACUUUUGAGAAUCACUGCCUUCCAAUUGUUCCUGCAAAUUGGGAACUGAGUAUUUUCAUUCCCUUUUAUUGGAAAUGCCCAUGCUACACAGAAAUGGAAUUUGAGGCUUAUUACUCGUGAGUCACCAAAACAAGCACACGUAUCCUUUAUUAGUAUUCAGAUGUUAACGCCAAAACAAACACCCAAACGCCACCCCACUGUCUCAGUCACUGAGCAGGUCUGAGACCAUCGAGGCAAGUGUCUCCUGCUGGGGUAAGGCUUAGAAGAAGCCACAGUCUAGUCUCAGCCCCACGGUCUCCUCCCCACUUUCUGCCCACCCUAUGCCCCGUGCCUUUGCCGGGCAGUGCUCCUGACAUGUUCUUCCAGGGCUGAGACUUUGGGCUGUUGGGAUCACACCCAAGGCCCCAGUGGAAUCUUGGGUGCAAUCCCUGUCUGGUCCACUUCCUUCAAGUGUGUCCCCCAGCUCCUUGAUGCCAACUGCCCUCUAAGGUCUUGACCAUGCCUUUCCUGACCCGUCUCCCUUACUGUCCUUCUUUUUAAGUCCCUCCCAUAGGACACUGGUACCUUGUUCUUCCUUUCUGCCCCUCUUCAUCUCCCUCCUCCCCGUUUCUUCCUUCAGCACAUGUUUCCUGGGGACUUGUUAUAUGCCUCUUCUAGUUACUGGGGGUACAGCAGUCCUCAGAACACAUAUUGCCUAUCCUCCUUGCAGUCUAGAAAACAAUGACUAUGCGUGCGAUGAGUGUUAUGGGAGAGCACGAGAAACCGUUGGGGGCAGUCUAGGUGGACCCCUCUUUGUGAUUCACAGACUUCCUGAUCAUCUCAGUCUUCCUCCAGAGCGUGUCCAUUCUGCAUGUAUCUCUUACCUCAAGAUACCCUUUCUUCCCAGUCCCGACACUCCCCCUUCCCCCCGCAACUGGACCAGGACUCCAUAUUGGUAUAUUGGCAUGACUGCCCACUGCUGGCCAGUGCUGUUUCCAUAUCCUUGCUCCACAUCCUCCGUUGCCACGUCGGGAGGCUGCCCCUACCCGGCUCCAGGACACGCCCAGCUAUCUUUUGCCAAGUCCUUGAUGCAUCACUGCUUCAUUCCCACCCCAAGACACUUGACUGUCCAUCAUGAUGAUCCACCCGGCAACCCAACUUAGAGCUCUUUGUCAUUCUUCGUUCUCAAGAACGUAUUUUACUCUUCAGUCUCACCCGUAACUAGGUCUUGUCAUCUCCUGCAACAGCUCUACUACCUCUGCUUGGUCUCUCCUCACAUUUUAGCCCACCAUAACCACAAACGAUGCAAGAAAUGUUAUAGACUCCUAGUGGAAUGGGUGAAAAGAGAGGUGGGAAGAACCUUCGUAAUCAUUCCAGGAGUGUGCCCUCACUAUUACAAGAGUUCGGUUUUGUAAACCAGCCUUUCAAAGAGCAACUUCAAAAGCAAUAAGUGAAUACUUUUGUUGUAAGGAUUAUAAACUUGCACCUACAUGAUAAGUUGAGGGUGGGGGGAGAACUGUCCUAACGUGGUGACUUGGAUCAAACUUUCCAAUGACAGUGUCAGACAAGUAUUUUUAAAUGCUGCAUCUCAGACAACUUAGAUGCAAUUGAAGGAUAUAUAUUUGAAGAAAGUGGCUCUGGAUAUGAUGAAGACAUUGAUGUCCAAGAUGCAUGUAGAGACUUUGAAUAAAAUUGUUACUUGACAUGUAAGAAUGGGGGGGGAAGCAUAUUUUGUAUUAAUGUAUUAUUGUAUAUAAUGUUAUUUUAAAUAUGCAUGUGUAACUAAAUAAAUUAAAUAUUAUAAUUCGA